CCAGGGGUGAGAGGGAGGAAACCCGGCCGCCAGGGGCGGGGAGAGGGCGGGCGGCUCGGAGCUGCUCACUUUCCCUGGAGGGACCUACCCUGUUGCCACCGCCGCGGUGGCCCUUGGGAGCCAAGGAAGAGGGGCGGCCUGAUGCUGCGGCCCAGACAGGGCCUCCGGCUGCCAGCAGCACGGAGCGGAGCGCAGAGGCCCGAGCGGGUGGCGGUGCCUUGCCUGAAGUCGGAACCGCAUCCUGGACCUGAAGGACAGAGUCACGGCCAUCAGCAGGCAUCCGGAGCAGUGCUGGGGUGAGCACCCCCUCGGGGUCCAUGUGCCCGCCCGAGGCCCAGGCAGAGGUGGGCCCCACCAUGACCGAGAAGGCCAAGAUGGUGUGUGCCCCCAGCCCAGUGCCUGCCCCGCCCCCAAAGCCUGCCUCGCCUGGGCCCCCAAAGGCGGAGGAGGUGGGCCACAGAGGCUCCUCGCCACCCAGGCUGCCCCCUGGCGUGCCAGUGAUCAGCCUGGGCCACACCAGGCCCCCAGGGGCAGCCAUGGCCACCACGGAACUAAGCACCCUCCGUCCCCCGCUGCUGCAACUCUCCACCCUGGGAACCGCCCCACCGCCCCUGGCCCUGCAUUACCACCCUCACCCCUUCCUCAACAGCCUCUACAUUGGGCCGGCAGGACCUUUCAGCAUCUUCCCUAGCAGCCGGCUGAAGCGGAGACCAAGCCAUUGUGAGCUGGAGCUGGCUGAGGGGCACCAGCCCCAGAAGGUGGCCCGGCGCGUGUUCACCAACAGUCGGGAGCGCUGGCGGCAGCAGAACGUGAACGGCGCUUUCGCCGAGCUCAGGAAACUGCUGCCAACGCACCCGCCCGACCGGAAGCUGAGCAAGAACGAGGUGCUCCGCCUUGCCAUGAAAUACAUCGGCUUCCUGGUGCGGCUGCUGCGCGACCAGGCAGCGGCUCUGGCCGCAGGCUCCGCCCCUCCAGGGCCCCGCAAACGGCCGGCGCACCGCGCCCUGGACGACGGCGCCCGCCGCGGGCCUUGUCGCAGGGCCGAGGUGGUGGCGCGCCCGCAGCCCGCGCCCCCAGGCGGCCCCGAUGGCAGCCCCGGUGGGGCGGGCCGACCCAUCAAGACAGAAAAAGCGGCUGUGAGUCCGGAGGUGCGAUGACCUCCACGGUG